CACUAACCACACACACUGAAUGCCCUUAAGUCAAUGUGCAUAUGACAACAGCAAGAACAACAAAUGCUAUGUGCAUGUGUGUGAAUCAGUGUUCAUCGCCUUGGUGUUGUAAAAAACCAUCACAGAAAAAUAUUGUGGCCAACACGAAGAAGAAGAGAGUAACAAAAAGCGAAGCGAUUUGUAUUGAGCGAACAAGCGAGUGUAGUAGAAGAAAAACAAAAGGAAAACAUUAGCGUGAACAAAAAAAAUAUUUUUUUUUUCAAUCUUCUUCUGUUAUUUGUUGUGACUAGCAUAUAUUCUCGAUUCAAAUCAAAUUUAUUUGACAAAAUUUACAGUACAUUCAAUUGUGACUGUGUGUAUGUGUCAGUGAAGUUCGGGUGCAGUGAACAAAAAUUUAUUUGUCGAAAGAAUGAAAAUCAAAUUCGAAUAAAAUGGUAAUUAAAUAGUGAAAAAUCAUUCAGAAACAUACAGCGCAAACAAAUUGUGCAGUGGCCUGGCUGUUGCAAAGGAAACAAAAUCAAAAUCACAAUAAUUUAUAUAACCGGAGACGCGACACGGAUUUGGGUGAUGUAAAUGUUUAAAAAUGGAUGUAAAUACAACCGAUCCAUAUGAGCGAAAGCUCUAUAAUAUGUUUAAAAGUUUUGAUGCGCAAUCGGUGGGAACAUUGGAUAAAAAUGCAUUAUUGGAAUUGUGUACGACGCUUGAGUUAAAAGAUCGCAGCGCUAAAUUGGUCGCCAAUUUAAUCGAUCCAAAGCGAAAUAAUCGCGUUUCGUUCAACGAAUUUAAAGAGGGCCUAUUGAAUUUACUCGGCACGGACACCGAAGACAAUGAUGAACAAUCCGAACAUGUCGUGGACGGUGCAUCAUUGGAAAAAGUACCAUCACCAAAUGGAGACGAUGUGUCCACCAUGUAUGAUGAAGCAAAAUCACGUGAGGUUUCACCAAAGUUGGUGGUGCGCGGCAAAAAAUAUGGCCGAAGAUCACGUCCGCAGAGUGUAGCUCCAUUUGAAUCAUCACAAUCCGAUUCAGAGGAAGAUUAUGAUUUUGCACGUGUUCCAACCGCCGGCGAUAAAUCAACAAAAAACUAUCACAAAGUUCAGAGGUCUGUGUCUCAAGGUGAUAUGCAUGACAAUGGUAGACGAAACGUUCGAUCUAUUGUAUCAUCGGCCAACAACAAUGGUACAAAAUUGAAGAGAUGCGCAUCGCUGCCAGCACAAAAGCGAAAUGUUCCAUAUAUUAGCAGAAAAGAUACGGAAAAUUUAAAAUUACAACUUGAGAGCAGCGUCGAAUCACUUGAUAAUUUAGACUUUGAAAAUCUAUCGAAUAGUCUGUUCCAUGAAUGGAACAAUUUCGAAAAUAAUGCAAUCGCCGAUGACACUAAAGCAAAUAGUGGACAGUCAACAGUAACAGCAACCGCAUCACAUCGAAAUCGAAUUGAAUUAGAAACGAUAUUUGUGCGCGUCGGUUUACAAAAUUCGGCGGCAAAUCGUUUAGCCGAUGAAGUAUACAAUAAAUUGGGAUUGUCGGCCGACGCAAGCAUUUCUUUUACCGAUUUUUUAACGUUAAUUGGACAAUGCCAUUCGGAAUCGGAUGUCGUUUGUAAGGCACGAGAUAAAAAUGGUGGCAUUGCCACAACUGCCGUCACUGUCGACGACGAAUACACAAUCAGUCCGUUAAACGAACACAUGAUUUUUGAUAUGCAUGCAGAUGAACCGCAUGAUUGGUCAAAUGAGGCAUUGCCAACUGAUCAGUUAAUCGAUAUGUGGGAAAUGGCACAUGUUAAAAAUCCAUCCGCAUUAAUGGAAGACUUGGGUUUCACCGAACGAGAAAUCAAUCUAUCACGAUUGUUGAGCGUCAUUGACGAAGAACUACGGAAUGUGCAUAACGAUCGAGAAUUUACACCAUUGUUAAGGGCGUCGUUAGCUCUGCACAAAUUGGAGGUGAAUGCGUUGCAAAAAUCUCUGCGUCACGCGGCCUAUGAAAAUAAGCAAUUGCACAUAAAUGUGCGUGAAUUAAAUAAUCGUUCUUUUAUAUUGGCGCAAGAAGUGGAUGAACGGCAUGCAAAUUUGGAAUCAUCAACGCGCGAUCAAAUCAAACAAUUAGAGCAACGUCAUACUGAAAUUGUACGUGAAUUAACUCAACAAUUAAGCAAUGAACGCGAACAAUGGUCAACAUUAAAUACAAAAUUGGAAAAACGUAUAAAACAAUUUGAAAUGGACGAUGCAAAGCAUAAAGCAAAUAUGUUACGCUUACAAAGUGAAAAUAGUGCCUUAGAAAAAGAGCAAUUGUCAUUACAAUCGCAAAUAGCCGAUUUGCUGGAAAAAAAUAUUCAAUUAAAUAAUGAAAUAGCCGAUGCGCAAGACCGUUAUGGUGGCGAUGACGAUGGUGACCGUGAUAUAAUGGCAACCGAUCAAACGCUCGAUUUAAUUGAUAAAAUUGCAAAAUUACAAAUUGAAAAUGCAAACUUGCGUGAUCGCAACGACGAAUUGGGAAUUGAAUUGGAAGAGACAUUGGCCGAAUUGAAUAAGGUAAAAAGUCGAAAGCAAUUGCGUGUGGAUAGUAGCAAUCAUAGUGGUGGCGAGGAUAAUGCAAGUAGCAGUGGUGAAGGAUCAAAUGUAUCGGGCGGUUCGGCGACAAAACGACGCGGCGAUUCACCCAGCAAAGCAAAAUUAUCCGAAGAAAGUCCACGAUUUGGUAAAUUACGAAAAUAUCAUAAUGAUAAUAGUGAAGGUGAAUCGGAAACAAGUGGCGAUUGGCUUGCAUUAAAUUCGGAACUAAAUCAAUCGGCAUCAAUGUCACAGACAACAGCAACAACAUCCGGGUUUUCACAGGAUUUCUCAAGCCUAACCGAUCCGAAAGAGAGCGAAAUUAAAGAGCUUCGCCAACAAAUUGUUAAACUUGAAACGGAACUCAGUGCAAUGAAAUCACAACAACAAAAACAACACCACUCAACAGCGAAUGUCACAGAGAAAACUGGCGAUGACACAACAGCAACGCUCAAAAUCGAUGGCACUAAAGAUAAAGCACAUGUGCAACGAAUUCAAGAGUUGGAAAAUAGUUUGGAACAAAUGCAAAAAGAGUAUGAAGCAUGUGAAGAUUAUUGGCAAGGUAAAUUGAAUGAAGAACGACAAUUGUAUGAAGAAGAGCAACGUAUUAGCGAUGAAAAAUUCACGGAACUUUUGAAAAAAAUGACCGAAUAUGAAGAACAAUUCACAACAUCCGCAUCGGAUAAAGAUGGCCGACUCACGCCUAUCGAAGAGAAAUGCCAACUUGAACAACAAUAUGCCGAUUUGGAGGCGGAAACUGAAGAAUUCCGUGAACAUGCUCGCAAAAUAUUCGAAGCAAAAACACAUGAAAUCGAUCAAUUACAGGCAAAAAUUAAAGAACUUGAAGAACGUUUAUGCUAUCCAAAUGCAGGCCAACAUGACCAGCAUACAAAUUCACAACAACGAAUUAAAACAUCGGACAGCGAAAGUGUGGCCAGUUCACCGAUUAGCUAUUUAUGGAAUCAGAGUACAAUUCAAGUUCCAACACGUGACUAUCAAAAUCCAAAUUGGAAUCGAACAAAUAGUAAUAAAACGAAUGAUGAUACAGUGGCUACCGUUGCACCGAUCGACGAUGAUACCGUUCAAAAUACAAUAAUCUCACCAAUUUGCCGACCACAUACACCAUCAGCCGCAACUACCACACUCAAGAAUACCGUUGUUGAAAAUAACGAAAAUGCCAUCGAUAAUACCACCGAAAUUUUGGACGAUGUUUUAUCGCUUCGAAGUUUCGGCACACACAGUGUUGCCUCAACACAUAGCAUACAUCGAUCGUUACCUGAAAUCAUUAGUACUAGUCCGAACAUGAUACGUGAAGAUAUAAAGCGGUUGAAAUUGAUUGAAAUCCAAUUGAACGAUGAGGUUAAAGGCUUAGCACAUCAACGUGAUGGUUUGGUGAUGGAAUUACAGCAAUUACAAGAGGCAAAACCGAUGCUGGCUGCAGCGUAUGCGCGAACGCCGCAUCCCAGCUUAAUACAGCGCAUUCAACAAUUGGAGCAAAAAAAUCGUCAUUUACAAUUUUGCCUAAAGCAACAACAACAGUACACCGAAUCGAUUAUGCAACAAUCGUGGCAGCAGCAACGUACUGAAAUCAAUGAACUUCGUGGUACCGUUGAGACUCAAGUCAUAAUAAUCAAUGAGCAAGCGCAACGAUUGACAAAUUCUGAUUUGCUUGUAAAGGAUUUGUAUGUGGAGAAUUCACAAUUAACAGCAGCAAUACAACGACUUGAACAGCAAAGAUCACGUAAUAAUAUGAUGCUACAGCAUCAAGGCGUACCCGGAAUGCUAUAAAUUCUCACAACAUAGAGAGAGGGAGAGAAAGAGAACCGAAUACUUCCUGUUUCUUUCGAUCACUUAAAAGUAGAAAUGCAGUAUUAUUGCAAACGAACAAAAUAAAAGACAACGUGAAAGGAAGAGUCACAACUAAAAUUUUCAUCACUAAGCAACAACAACAAAAAAUACAACACUGAUAUUUUUUAUUAUUAUUUAAUUCAUUAUAUUGUAUAACACAGACACACCGAGUGCAUUAAUAUGUUCCUUUAACGAAUUGGGAUAUGUGUAGUAUUUAAAAAAAAAAAAGAAACAAUAUGGCGCUAUAAUGAAAGGGCCCUGCGCAUUCAAGCGCAAUUCUGCAGAUUUUAAGCGUUAAACAUGAAAUGAAAUAUAUAUAUAGUAUAUUAAUUUAUUGAAAAAAAAGAGAAAAAGAACAACUAACCUCACUCAUAUUCACAUUGAAUAGACACGCACACGAUGAAUUUUGAAGAGAAUGACAAAGAAAGACAUUAACAACUGAAAAAAAUGUAUGUAAAUAUCCGAAUAUAUUGCAGUAUAUUUGUAAUGGAGAGAGAGAGAGAGAUAGCCAGUUAAGCUAUGGCUCGAUAUAAUCAAAAAUGCUUUUUUGAAUUUAAACCAUGUAUUCCUUUCCUGCAUUUUUUCUUUCACACGAUAAGUCGUUCAUAUAUAGAAACUAUAUUAAGUUGUGAAUAAAGGGCCUCCUGAAUACUUGCCACGUAUCAAAUUCGAGUCAGACAUUUUGUGUGAAUAUAUCGAUGUGUACUAUGUUUUCAUCAUCUCAAAAUCGAUUUUCUAGUUUUUAAACACACUCGAAUUUGUCUCUUUUUUACAAAAAUUUAAAUUAAUGUUUAAUUUAUCGAAAACGGAUUGUGAAUAUGAGAAGAAAAAAAAAAAACAAAUAAAACAUCUCAUAAAAAUUGAAUUUUAAAACUAGCAUUAAUAAUCAAAAUUGCAACAUUUUUAAACGAAACAAAAAAAAUUGUGCGUGGCAAAAAUAUUUUUUUUUAUGUUGUCUAACCACUUUGGUGCUUGAUGUUGUCAACGCAACGGAAUAAAUUAUUAUUAUAACCAUAAUAAUAAUUAUAAUCGUGUUCUUUUUUAUUUCUCACUCAUAGUUCUCUGACAUGCAAAAUUAAAUGUCAGAAUUGUAGCGCCCCAGUAGGUACUGUUCGUUAAAGUUGAAAUUAGAAACCGCCCAUUUGCCAUCCAAUAUUUCCAUCUAUUUUGCUCCAAAUUCAAUAAUCGCUCAGUUUAUUCAAUAGUGAAAUGUAUCUUUAUUUGCCAUAAAAUAGUAUUCAUCAUUUGAAGAGACAAACAAUAAGUGCAUCAUAUACAGGCCGGAGACAUCGACUAAUCCGAAAAUUUUUCAUAUGAUUGGAGCUAAGUAGCAAAACGUAUUUUUAAUUAAAAACAUUUAUUAUAAAAUACAAAAAAAAUCAUAUCUAUUUUAAUGACAAAUAAAAAGAGCUAAUAAAUAAAUAUCUGAACAAACGAAA